CCAUCUCAACCUGCCAUCUAUUCGGCCCAGCCGCACUGGCUUGGCGCCUCUCGAGGCCUAGGCCUUGUCUGUGUGCUGCGUUAUGAGUCCGUCUCAUGAAGCCAGCUCUGACGCAAUAGACCCUGAUAUAUUGCUACAUUUCUAGCGCGCCUUUGGCUGGCUCUUUACUGCACUUUGCUCCGAAUCACGAAAAACUCUUCGCAAUCAUGCCAGAAUCUAAUCACCCGCCAAGGGCCGUCCCAUCCGGCCAUCACUCCCACGGGCCAUCGCCAUGCUCGUUUGGAACGUCGGUGGUUUCCCCGUCUUGGACUUACGAAAUGGAAAUAGAGACUGCUGCACCUUGGAGUCGCAGCCGCCGGUCAGACCCGGAGCACGUCAUUGGAGCCGUUCGUCUCAUCCUUGCACGCUGAGUUGGCGCAGGGCGGCCAGCGGGGAGUAUCCUCGCUUGCCGUCUCCUCUUUGAAUCCUCCUGCAUUGUAGAUGGGGCUGUCCCAUGCAUCGGACCGUCGGCGCUCGUCCGACGUUCCAGCCUGCCACUGAGAGAUUAACUGAUCGAGAGGCCUCGCCGGUGCCACCGACCCCACGCAUCGUGAGAUCGCUUCCUUCACCUUCGGCCUAGGCGGCCUCGAUUCGAGGCCAUCUCCAAAGCUCCACAGGGCCUCGGCCUGACAGCGUCUCAACCCGGGUGGACAUUGAGUUCGUAUUGUUGGUUCCGCCCGACAGGCAUUGGGAGUGAAAGCAAUUAGCCAGUCAGAAUCCCAACGUUGAUCCUGCUAUGACGAGACUUGAUGAUAUGUUGACGAAUCUGCGACAGCUUCCUGACAACUUUGAACUUCUCAGCUCGUGAUGCAUAUCGCUUUGUGACACCACCGAUAGAUCAGCUUCGGUGAGGGGCCCCGGCCUAGCGUCCCAGUCUGCGCAGGCUGAUGGUGGCAGCCCACGGAAAUCAUGCCAAGCGGCGUGCCGAUCUGCCCAGGUUCACCCCUCCAUCACCAAGAGAUUUAGUCAUGGCCAAGUCCUGGGGGAGACUGCAUAUCGCGGCAGUUUGGGUCUAGGCUCCCGGCGCCAGCUCCAUGGAUCUCCUGCCUGCAUCACCGAGUACUGGUACAUCUGCGUGCCCAGCCGGGAUGGCACCCCCUUUACAGCCCCUAGACAUGCGACCACCCGGCCGUACAGUCCCGGGGCGACGGUAAUGACCGGUCGCCACCUGCAGAAAGCACGCCUUCAGCCGUCUGGGCGGUCUUGGUGAAUCAAGAGGCUCUUCGUGGCGUUCUGCGGCCAAGCUUCGAUCGCUUGGCAACACACCCUACUCGGCUUCCGGCACGGAUCCUAGCCUCGCGAGGCCAUCGACGACAUUGAUGCAUGGGUUUUUGCCUCCGUGAUGAGUUCGCCCCCAUCCUAACUCUCGGUAAUGGGGUCCACCGCCGACGUUCCUGAGAACCUUACCCCCAUGCCCGCAUGUCUAGCACCGAGGCCAUUGGGUCGCAAGCACGCUCUUUUAUGAGGACAUGCUUCCGCCACGCCCCCAUUGGUGAGAUCAGCUGCAGGGAGGCCAGGCGAGAUGGCCAAGGGCCUGCUCUUUGUCGGGGAUACUUCCCUGGACUCAGAGUCUGGAAUUGCGCGAGGCAGUGGAAUAUUGGUCUAGACGAUGGCGUCGAAAGCCAUGAUAAUGAUGACAGCCUCGCGAGCAAGAAUCACGUCGACGCGGUGCAGCUCUGCCGUGGAUCUAGAUCUGCCGCUGCGUCUAGUAGUUGCCACCCUGCGUGCCGAUAUCCCGAGAUGUCUGGGCAUCCAAGCCCGACGCAGACGCAGCCGGGAAUGGGUAUCCCAUCGCGUGCUCUCCGCUCGAGACCCAAUGACCCACCCGUCGAACCAGCAUUGUGUAUGAUUUCUGGUAUCCAUCCUGGGUGUUGCGCGGGUCUGGCGUGGUGUUGAGGAUACAGGCCAACACCAGACGUCGUCGAAAUGGGGUGCGCUG